AUGUCGAAAAAAUUAAAUAACAGUAUUAACAAAUCCAGCAACAGUGCCGUCUCUUCUCAAGGAAAUACUCUAUUUAAAUAUUUUUCCAAAUCACCGGCGCCAUCGGGAAAGAAAAAAAUCCCAAAACCUUCCUUAGAACAACAUGAGGGACAAGAACAACAUAGAAAGGAAAAUGUAGGAAACAAUCGGAAUGUUAAUGAAUAUAAAAGAAAGUUUGAGAAUAAUUUCCAACUUGAAGAGAGCGAUGAAGAAGUUGUCACCGCAAGUAAGAAAAGACGACGGUUUAUAUUAUCGGAUUCUGAUGGCGAGGAAGAGAACAUCGUUAAACCAUAUAAUAAAGGUCAAUCUCGAGAAGAUGACAAUUCUAAAUCGGAAAGUCCAAAUAAGGAAAUAUCUUCACCUGCAUCGGACGACAAAGAUUCCGAUAGGGGAUCAUCUCCAGAUAUUGCAAAGCGUGAAAAUAAGAAAGUAGAUAAGGUUCUUUCAGGUGUCAGUUUCAUGGAGAAAUUGCAACAUUUACAAUCUACGAAGGAAGAUGAAAAUUUCUCUAUAAAACGAGAAAGCACAGCGAGUGAAUUACUUCCAUCUAAUCUUGAUGAGCCUGUUAUAUGGCCGCAUCAAAAAUUAGAAUUUCUUCAACCUGAUAAAAUUAAAGACAAAAACGGAAGGCGGCCUGAUCAUCCCGAAUAUGAUUGUUCCACCUUAUAUGUGCCACAAAAGUUUCUCGAUUCUCUUUCACCCGGUGUGCGUCAAUGGUGGAUUCUUAAAUCUGAUAAUUACGAUUGCGUUCUGUUCUUUAAAGUUGGAAAGUUUUACGAAUUAUAUCACAUGGACGCCGAUGUUGGCGUUAAAGAACUUGGUUUCACCUAUAUGCGCGGAGAGUUUGCCCACUCCGGAUUUCCAGAGGUAUCAUUUGAUAAAAUGUCUUCCAUUUUGGUUGAAAAAGGUUUUAAAGUCGCUCGCGUGGAGCAGACCGAAACGCCUGAAAUGAUGAUCGAGCGUUGCAAACGCAUAAAACCUACCAAAUUUGAUAAGGUAGUGCGCCGGGAAAUCUGUCAAAUUUUGAAUUUGGGCACACAAGUGUUUGGUAACCAAUGUCAGGUUACAGCCCAUUAUCAACCAAAUUAUAUGUUGGCUAUUGUGGAAACUCAUUGCACCCAGCAAGGGGACUUAAGCCGCUAUGGAAUAUGUUUCCUCGACACUUCCAUAGGGGAUUGUUAUUUGGGAGAAUUUGAGGAUGACAGAAAUUGCUCACGCUUACACACAUUAAUUUCUCAUUAUACGCCUGUGUUGGUGUUGAUUGAAAAGUCAAAUGUGAGCAACAAAACGCAAGACAUAUUGCGGACUGUGUUAAGUGGAGUUAAGCGUGAAUGCUGGCCAGCUAACGGUGCACUAAAAUGCACGGCUGAGCGCACCUUAAAAGAAUUAGCAGAAAAUUAUUACAGUCAAGGUGAUGAUAAUUGGCCUUUAGUUUUGCGUAGCAUGCAAGCAGAAACCGAUCAUUUGGGUUUGACCCCGCAUCCCAAUUCUAAACUCGCCCUGAAGGCGAUGGGCUUAUGCAUGGAGUAUAUGAAAAAGUGUAAAAUAAUCGAAAAAGUAUUACCAAUGGUACGCUAUCAUCUAUAUCAGCCACCAGAUUCUAUUACCGUUGAGGAAUUGAACAAAGCAAAGCGAGGAAACCGUAUACACUCAAAGAGAAGCCAUAUGGUAUUGGAUGCUAGCACUUUGUUGAAUUUACGCAUCGUUGGUGAAGAGCACUCCUUACAAUCAACCUUAGAUCAUUGUUGCACAAAAUUUGGCAAGCGUUUGUUGCAUCAUUGGCUAUGUGCCCCCUCAUGUAUAGCGGAAAUUAUUCGCGAACGCCAGGAGGCCAUCACGAAUUUUCUUGAGAAACCUACAUUGUUACAAGACGCGAGAGCCUUAAUGGCGCCGUUGCCUGACUUUGAACGUCACCUAGCUCAGAUUCAUCACUUUGGCAGCAAAAUUGUGCAGGACGCUCAUCCCGAUGGUCGAGCAAUUCUAUUCGAGGAAAAAUUAUACAACAAGAAAAAAAUGCAGAGCUUUGUGGCUAUAUUGAAAGGCUUCGAAACCUUGCUGAAAGUUCCUACGCUAUAUGCAGACUGUGAAUCGGCUUUAUUAAGAAGGUUGAGCCAGCACACUGAAGGAGGUGGUAUUUUUCCAAAUAUGAAGGAAAAACUGGACUAUUUUAAGCAAGCCUUUGAUCAUAAAAAAGCAACCGAAAGUGGUGUCAUUGCUCCGGAAUCAGGCAUCGAUGAAGAAUAUGACGCUAUUGAGUUCAAGAUUGCCAAUAUAAAUAAAGAUUUGCAGGAAUAUUUAAUCAGACAAGAGAAAUAUUUUGGAUGUCGAUUAAGUUACUUCGGCAACGAUAAAAAACGCUUCCAAAUAGAAAUUCCAGAAAGCCAUGCUCGCAAAGCAGGCAGCGAAUAUUUAUUAGAAACGCAAAGAAAGGGUAGUAAGGCCGUUCGUCGUUUUAGCACACAGGAAACCAGGGACUUACUUAAACAAAUGAUAAGUGCUGAAGAUGAACGGAAUGGUGUACUUAACGAUUUAACGCGUCGUAUAUUUGAGAAAUUCUCACAACAGUAUACGCUAUGGCAGAAAUGCGUCGAUUGCGUAGCUCAACUGGAUGUUAUAGCUUCUUUAGCCGAAUAUGCCAGACAGCAAGUAACUAUUUGUGUUCCAAUUAUAGAAGAGUGCACGGCCGAUCAAUCGUUUAUAGAGAUAGAAAGUGGCUUCCAUCCUUGUAUUGCAGUUGACAGUUAUAUACCGAAUGGUUUAAUAUUGGGCACUGAUGACACACCACCCUUGUCUAUAUUAACGGGACCUAAUAUGGGCGGUAAAAGUACGCUUAUGAGACAAGUAGGACUUUUGGCAGUAAUGUCUCAAAUUGGUGCUCAUGUGCCCGCCCAAAGUUGCCGAAUGACUUUGGUAGAUCGUAUAUUCACACGCCUGGGUGCUCAAGAUGACAUCUUAAGUGGUCAAAGUACAUUCUUGGUUGAAUUGAAUGAAACUUCUUUAAUUUUGAUGCAUGCGACCAGAAACAGUCUGGUAUUGUUAGAUGAAUUAGGUCGUGGCACUGCCACAUAUGAUGGAACUGCUAUAGCGGCUGCAGUGGUAAAUUUUUUGGCCGAUCGACAGUGCCGCACAUUGUUCUCCACGCAUUAUCACAAUUUAAUCGAUUUUUUUCAUGACGAUAAACGCAUUACUUUGGGGCAUAUGGCGUGCAUGGUUGAAAAUGAUGAUAGUGAUGAUCCGACUAAAGAAACCGUAACUUUCCUUUACAAAUACACAUCGGGAGCUUGCCCUAAGUCGUACGGUUUUAAUGCUGCAAAAUUGGCUGGAAUGCCGGGAUCAAUAAUUAAACGGGCUUAUACGCUAUCCAAGCAGGUGGAAACCAUUGCUCUAAAGCACAAAAUGUCUUCUGCAAUUGUUGCUGCUGCUACUGAUGACGGUAGCUUAACAUCCAAAAACUACGCAAACCUGAAAGAUCUCAUAAAACAAUUUUUACAAUGUCGUAUUGCCAAGUAAUUGAUGAAGGCUUUCUGUACUAUAUAGAAAUGCGUUUAUCUUAAGUGAUAACAUAAUAAAUAAUAAACAAAAAAAAAAAAA